AUGGCCGUAUUCAACUCGGUGAUUGUGCUCUGGGUGUUCGGGUUUUUGACAGUGUCUAGUGCAGUUGACCAAAGGCUCCUUUUCGAUAGUCCUGUGAGUGUUGAUCCGACGGGACGAUUGGCAAGACAAUGGCCUCCAAAACGAACAGAUGAACUGUCACCAUUGCAAGAAGUCGAUGAAACAUAUCGUCUGCCGAAGACGAGUGUCCCAACCCAUUACAACUUGCACAUAAGGAGUGAAAUCCAUUCGGGUAACCGGGCCUUCAGUGGGUCGGUUGAAAUUCAUCUAACAGUCAUCGAAGCAACGAAUGCGAUAAUUAUCCACCAUCGUGGACUAACGAUCGAGUCCAGUACUCUCGCUUCGGUACCAGCAACUGGAAACCCUGUGCCAUUAGCUAACCCAACUGUGUCAUAUGAUUCCCGAGUUGAACAUUUGAUCUUCACGAGUACAGAAACUCUGAUUCCAGGAAACUUCCUUCUCACAGUUACGUUCUCAGGGACACUCACAAAUAACGAUGAUGGUUUCUAUAUUUCAUCUUAUGUUAACGAUGCCGGUAUAACACGCUUUCUAGCCACAACAAUGUUUGCACCUACGAGCGCCCGAAUGGCAUUCCCCUGUUACGACGAACCGGGUCUGAAGGCCACAUUCACCAUUUGGAUCACACAUCACAACUCCUACAACGCAAGGUCAAACAUGAGGUUUAGCGUAGAAUCACUAGCUGCCCCAGAUAGCGAGUACGCUGUGACAAAAUUCGAUCAAACUCCGAUUCUGUCCACUUAUUUGCUAGCCUUCGUAGUUUCCGAUUUUGUCGCGAAAGGAACUUCUGAGAUGCAUAAAGUAUACGCUCGACCCAAUGCCAUCGAUGAGGUAGACUUUGCAGUUGAGGCUGGAGAUAAAAUCAUUGCAGCUCUAAACUCUCACCUAGAGAUAAAUUACUUCACCUAUAUGCCUGAGAUGAAGCAGUUCGCCAUCCCAGACUUUGCAGCUAGCGCCAUGGAAAAUUGGGGAUUGGUGACUUACAGAGAACACGUCCUACUCUACAAUCCAUCUUUGAGCGAUUUUGUUACAAAAAAGAGUGUUGCAACCGUCGUUGCCCACGAAUUUGCUCAUCAAUGGUUUGGAAAUCUAGUGACUGCAGAAUGGUGGGAAUACAUCUGGUUGAACGAAGGCUUUGCCACUCUGUACCAGUAUUAUGCAGCUCACAUGGCGUAUCCGGAUCAGGAAUACUGGGAACUGUACAACACUGAAGUCAUCCAAGAUGUUAUGGUUCCGGAUGGGCUCGUGACUACGAGGCCCAUGACAUGGAAUGCAGAUUCCCCUCCUAAAAUUAGGGCGUUAUUCGACCGAGUAGCUUAUCCCAAGUCUGGAAGCGUCUUAAACAUGUUGCGUCAUGUUCUUGGUGAAGAAAAUUGGGCAGCUGGCCUACGAACCUACCUCGAGGCACGUAAACUACAGAGCGCGAAUGCCGACCAUCUCUACGCCGGAUUGCAAGCUGCGAUCGCGAAUAGAAACGUGUUACCUGAGGGCGUCACAGUGAAACAGAUCAUGGACACCUGGGCUAACGAGCCUGGAUACCCAGUAUUGAGUGUUCGUCGAACGUACGAAACCGGUGAUGUGAUUAUCUCACAGGAGCGGUUCAUCUCCGAUCGUAAAGUUUCAAACACGAAUAUGUGGAUGAUUCCAUACAACUUCGUGCGCCAAUCAAUGGCAGAUUUCAAUGACCUGUACAACUAUGAGUGGCUGUCUACCAAGGCUACCCGCAUCAGUACACAAAUUCCAGCGAACGAAUGGAUUAUCUUCAACAAACAACAGGUCGGAUUCUAUAGGGUUAACUACGACAACCACAAUUGGGAGUUGAUUAUCAACGCCUUGAAGGCCAACUGGGCUAGUGUGCACCGUUUAAACCGUGCUCAGUUAAUCGAUGAUGCCCACUGGUUGGCUCGAUCAAACAGGCUGGAUCUUGAGAUUCUCAUGAAGUUACUAACCUAUUUGGAAAACGAAAUGGAAUACGCUCCUUGGACAGCUGCUAGCUCCGUACUGUCCUACUUCAAUGGAAAGCUUCGCGGAACUCCAGACUAUCCUCAUUUCUUGACCGUAGUAAAUAAACUAAUUGACAAAGUUUACGCUACCUUGCAAAUAACGACGGUGUCCGACACGGAAACCCUGCUGCAUAAGUACCUCAAGCAAACAAUUUCCACCUGGGCCUGCAUUGUAGAUCACAAGGACUGUCUUCAACUCACUAAGGAAGCUCUUACGAAUGAAGCCGUUAACGAGGUUAUGGUUAACCCAGAUGUCGCUUCCGUAGUCUACUGUUACGGCCUUCGAGAAGCUGGAGAAACCGAAUACCGCUAUCUGUAUCAACGCAUCUACCGAACCCAAAAUUGGGCCUACCGUCUAUCUAUCAUUGAUGCUUUGGGAUGUUCCCUGAAUAAGGAAUUCCUCAAGGCAUUCCUCCUAACAGCAGUCAGCCCGAAUGGAGCAGGAGUCGAAAUCAACUACAAGGCCGCCGAACGAGAACGUAUUGUACAAUCGGUGUAUUUCGGAAGUCGUGUAGGAGUUGACGCGCUCAUCGAGUUUCUGAUGGACCCUAAAAUGAUCGACGAAUUUAUAGCCAGAAUUGGAACAGACGCAUUGAAUAAUGCUAUUAGAAAUAUAGCUUUCCAAACGAACAGCCUCGGGGAGCUGGAUAAGCUCAACCAGCUACUGGUUAGCCUUGGGUCGCGGCUGACGGAUGAAGCUAUCAAUGCUGCUCGAGCUACAGCUCAAAAGAAUUUGGAUUGGCAGGGAUCAUCCGAGGGUUUGCUAACAUCUGAGUUGGUUGCUGAAUAUGCCGCAGCUAUUGAACAGGGAACAACAACUGUAGAUCCGGGUGUAACGACUGAAGUACCAGUGACGACGACCAACCAACCGGUAACAACAACCAAAAAUCCGUCCACUACUACCAAGCUGCCGGAUACCACAACUGAGAGCUUGGCAACUACAACCGAUAGCUCUGGAAAAUCCACUACUCCUGCUUCUCAGACCACCAUUAUUGGCGUUUCCACAACUACUGAGGAUGAUGGAGCAACGACGACUGCAGUUUCAUUUGUCCUCUUGACAAUUUCAACGUUUGUUACAUUAUUCAAUUAA